AGUCGUUUGAAACCUGGCAGGAUGUUACUGGUCGACACGCAUGAGAGGAAGAUCAUCGAAGACGUGGAACUAAAGUUGCAAAUCUCUAGAAGCAGGCCACAUUCCAAAUGGCUGAAAGAUCAGAUUACGAUGGAGGAGUUACGUGCCGCGGACGUUGAGUAUAAAAAGGCGUCAAGUGCCAUUGAAAACGGUACUUCGAUCCUGGACAAUGCAGUAGCUAAAAGGAACGUGACGAACGAUGCGAAUCCGAUAUCUGCUGUGAAUCGAGUUUGGGGAGGUGAUAAAAGACUGUCCCUCUAUGGAUACACUCUCGAAACUAUCAAUUUGCUUCUUCUGCCAAUGAUGCAAUCCAAGAAAGAGUCACUAGGCUCCAUGGGUAAUGACGCACCGCUGGCUUGCCUCUCUCAAUUUCAACCGCUGAUCUACGAGUAUUUCAAGCAACUGUUUGCUCAGGUGACGAAUCCUCCGAUAGACCCGUUUAGAGAGAAGAUAGUGAUGUCGAUGCUUUGCCCCAUCGGGCCUGAAAGCAAUAUCCUCGAGCCGAAUGAACUGCAAGUACACCGAUUAUUUUUAUCACAGCCGAUACUCUCUCUGGAAGAUCUAGAGAUAAUCAAACGGACCAACUACCGUGGCUGGAAAACCAAAAUAAUCGAUGCGACGUAUCCGGUGCAAGAUGGCCCAUCUGGGUUGGUGAACACGCUAAAUCGCGUGAGCGAGGAAGCUGACCAGGCUGCGAAACAAGGUUAUCAGUUUCUCGUUCUAUCCGACCGACAAGCUGGUCCGGAAAGGGUACCUGUAAGCAGCUUGUUGGUGUUGGGCGCAGUGCACCACUAUCUAAUCGAAGAACGACAACGUAUGAAAGUUGGUCUGAUUUUAGAAACCGCCGAAGCUAGAGAGGUGCAUCAUAUAUGUUUGUUACUUGGUUACGGAGCAGACGCCGUUUGUCCGUACCUUGUGUUCGAAAUGGCAAGAAAUCUUCGUAUGGACGGAGUGCUCGACUCGUCGUUGACCGACAAUGCUCUGUCCGCGAACUAUGCGGAAGCAAUGGAAAGGGGGAUAGCGAAAGUGAUGGCAAAAAUGGGGAUCUCCACGUUGCAAUCGUACAAGGGUGCUCAGAUAUUCGAGGCGGUCGGCUUGUCCGACGAAGUUAUCGAUAAAUGUUUCAAGGGCACGCACUCUCGCAUUGGCGGCGUGACGUUUGACAUUUUGGCGAGAGAAGCGUUCGAGAGACACCAGAUUACUUAUUGGAAGAAACCUAUGGACAUGCUGGUUAUCCGCAAUCCGGGCAUGUAUCAUUGGCGAUCCGGCGGAGAAAAACACAUAAACGAUCCUGACAGCAUUGCCAACUUGCAGGAUUACGUAAAUUCAAAGAACUGGAACGCUUACGAAAAAUAUCGAAAAAGCACGAUGGAAAUGGUGAGGGCGUGUACUCUGCGCGGACAGUUGGAGCUGGUGCAAAGAGCAGAAAAGUCGAUAGCCAUAGAGGAGGUGGAACCGGCGUCUGAGAUAGUGAAACGAUUUGCAACCGGAGCUAUGAGUUUUGGAAGUAUUUCCAUCGAAGCGCAUACAACCUUGGCGAUUGCAAUGAAUCGUAUUAGCGGUAAAUCGAACACCGGCGAAGGCGGUGAAAAUGCUGACAGAUAUCUAAAUCAGGAGCCGGAAUUCAACAAACGAUCGGCUAUUAAACAAGUUGCCAGCGGCCGUUUCGGCGUGACAUCGAGCUACUUGGCGAAUGCCGAUGAUCUUCAAAUCAAAAUGUCGCAAGGAGCAAAGCCGGGGGAAGGAGGCGAGCUACCCGGUUACAAGGUUACCGCUGAAAUCGCUGCAACCAGACACUCGGUGCCUGGGGUAGGUCUGAUCUCGCCACCGCCGCAUCACGACAUUUACUCGAUCGAAGACCUCGCGGAAUUAAUUUACGACUUGAAGUGUGCAAAUCCGUUUGCUCGCAUUUCCGUCAAGCUGGUGUCGGAGGUGGGAGUAGGCGUGGUCGCAUCAGGCGUUGCAAAGGGAAAAGCAGAACACAUUGUGAUAUCUGGCCACGACGGCGGGACCGGGGCCAGCACCUGGACGGGAAUAAAGUCCGCUGGAUUACCUUGGGAAUUGGGGGUCGCGGAGACGCAUCAGAUUCUGACCUUGAACAAUCUUCGGUCGCGCGUUAUCGUGCAAGCAGACGGUCAAAUGCGUACAGGGUUUGACGUGGUGGUCGCGGCACUCUUGGGCGCCGAUGAAUUUGGCUUCAGCACCGCGCCGUUGAUUUCCAUGGGCUGCACCAUGAUGAGAAAGUGUCAUUUGAACACCUGCCCGGUCGGUAUCGCGACGCAGGAUCCAACACUUCGGAGGAAGUUCGAGGGGAAACCAGAACACGUAAUUAAUUUCUUCUUCGCGCUGGCGGAAGAGGUACGUUCUUACAUGGCCAGCCUUGGAUUGCGUAAGUUUCAAGAUCUGAUAGGCCGUACAGAUUUGUUGAAAGUUCGCGAAGACAUCUCGAUAGAGAAAGCCAAGACGUUGAAGCUCGACAAUAUUUUGCGCAACGCGCUUGAACUCCGUCCAGGAGUGAACAUUCAAGGGGGAUCGAUGAAGCAGGACUUUCAGCUGGGAAACAGACUGGACAAUCGCGUGAUCGAAUUGGCCAUGGGUGUGUUGAAGGGGAAACAGAAUUGCGUUGACAUCGUGUUGAACAUCAACAACGAGUGUAGAGCGUUCGCGGCAACGUUGAGCUACCACAUCUCAAAGUUGUACGGGGAAGACGGUUUGUCAGAAGGUAGCAUCAACAUAAAGAUGAAAGGUUCUGCGGGUCAGAGUUUCUGCGCUUUCAUGACUAGAGGCGUUCACGUCACUCUCGAAGGAGAUGCCAACGAUUAUGUUGGCAAGGGCUUGUGCGGAGGGGAAAUCGUUAUAUAUCCACCAAAGGAUUCUACUUUCAAGUCCGACACGAACGUGAUCGUUGGCAACGUGUGUCUGUACGGUGCCACUUCUGGCAAAGCGUAUUUCCGUGGGAUCGCCGCUGAAAGAUUCAGCGUUCGUAACAGUGGCGCGAUAGUGGUGGUGGAAGGGGUCGGUGAUCACGGCUGCGAAUACAUGACUGGCGGUUGCGCAGUCAUUCUGGGGCUUACUGGCCGGAAUUUCGCAGCUGGAAUGUCCGGAGGAAUAGCGUAUGUCCUCGACGUGGACGGAUCGUUCAAAAGUAAAUGCAACCCUGAAAUGGUAGAACUGCUUCCUUUGAACAAGCAAGAGGACAUUGCGUACGUGAAGAAGCUUUUGGAAGAAUUCGUUGAGAAAACUGGCUCUCUGGUGGCUCAAGAUCUUCUAAUGAUAUGGCCUGAGCCAACCACGCGAUUCGUCAAGGUAUUUCCGUACGAGUAUCAGCGGGCGUUGAAGCAAGCUGAAGAAACCAAACGGGCAGAAACGAUACCGAAUGGAAGCUCCCAGACGGUGAACGCACAGGUGAAAGAUAUCGAAGACACUAUUGCAGACAUUGAGAUAGAAGAGUAUAAAUUGGACAAGAUAAGAGGAUUCAUGAAGUACAAAAGGCAGACGGGAGCUUAUCGGCCGGUUGAAAACCGAAUCAACGAUUGGAACGAGAUCUACAACUUUCAAAAGGUUCGCAAAGGACUGCGCGUACAGGCGGCAAGGUGUAUGGAAUGCGGCGUGCCGUUUUGUCAAAGUAGUCACGGCUGCCCGCUGGGCAACAUCAUUCCCAAGUGGAACGAUCUCGUUUUCCAAUCGAAUUGGAAGGAAGCUCUGAAUCAGUUGUUACAGACUAAUAAUUUCCCAGAAUUCACCGGAAGAGUCUGUCCCGCUCCGUGCGAAGGUGCCUGCGUGCUGGGUAUAUCGGAACCAGCAGUCACGAUAAAGAACAUCGAAUGUGCGAUAAUCGACCACGCGUUCGAACAAGGUUGGAUAGUUCCGCAUCCACCAACAACUAGAACUGGCCGGCGAGUAGCUGUAGUUGGCUCUGGCCCCGCUGGUUUGGCUGCGGCUCAUCAGUUGAACAAGGCAGGCCACUUGGUCACCGUUUACGAGAGGAACGAUCGAGUCGGAGGCCUGCUGCAGUAUGGUAUCCCGACCAUGAAGCUGUCGAAACAAGUUGUCCAAAGGAGAGUUUCGCUUCUCGCCGCAGAGGGUAUCACGUUCAAAACGGGCAUCGACGUUGGAAAGGAUAUUUCUGCCAAGGAAUUGCAAGAACAGUACGACGCAACGUUGAUAUGCACUGGCGCGACUUGGCCAAGAGAUCUGCAGAUACCAGGUCGGCACCUCGAAGGGAUUCACUUUGCUGUCAGUUUUCUGGAACACUGGCAAAAGAAGCAAAUGGGCAACGACGCUCCGCUGGAUAUGCGUUUAAUGGCUAAAGACAGGGACGUCAUUAUAAUCGGGGGCGGUGAUACUGGUUGCGAUUGUAUAGCCACGUCCUUGCGACAGGGUGCCAAAACAGUCACAACUUUUGAAAUUUUACCCGAACCACCGAGCAACAGAGCACACGACAACCCUUGGCCACAGUUUCCACGCGUGUUCAAGGUGGAUUACGGCCAUGAAGAAGUUUCCCUGAAAUUUGGCCGGGAUCCCCGUCAGUUCAGCACAUUGAGUAAAGAGUUUCUAGACGAUGGGAACGGUCACGUGAGUGGCAUCAACACGGUGUCGGUAUCGUGGACGAUGGAAAACGGACGUUGGAAAAUGGAGGAAAUCCCCGGUACAGAGAAGACAUACAAAUGCGACCUAGUUUUACUCGCGAUGGGUUUCCUCGGCCCAGAGAAAUAUGUAGCAACAGAAUUGAACACAACGAUGGACGAGAGAGGUAACUUCAAAACAUCAGUUGGCAAAUACGAGACAAGUUUGAACGGGGUGUAUGCAGCUGGAGGCAAGUUGCUUUGCAUUUUUUACUUUAUAUUAUAUUACCCCUUCUUCUUUUUAAAACGAUAUACAAACCGUGUCUUGUUAUUAUUUGGCGCAGAUUGCCGGCGUGGACAGUCUCUGGUAGUGUGGGCAAUCACAGAAGGUAGGCAAGCCGCGAGAGAAAUAGAUCUGGCCUUAAUGGGAGAAACUGGUCUUCCUGUAGCUGGUGGCGUUAUAACCGGCGUCGUUGUC